UAAAAUUUUGAAACGGAUUAAAACUAACGCAUGUUUAUUUGUUUCAAUCAACAACUGGUGUUCUCAGAAUUGCUUUUUUUUUAAAAAGGAAAACAUUGUAAAACACCGACUCGUGUCAACAAGUGAUUUUAUUAAGAAAUGCAGCAACUGCGAUGAUGAAUAAAAUAUCACUAUGUUUAUUCAUAUUUAUGAACUUAACCGUUCUCAGCCGAGAGUCACACGUGAGUUUCAAGCGUAGAGUCAUACCGAUUAACAUCGUAUCUUCCGAUUGCAACAUUCCUGUGGAUGACGUCACGAUCACUUGUCAAACAGGUGCACGCGUGCGGAUGCGCAGUAUGGGGACUGGAAACUACCAGAUCUUGACCAGGAAAUUUCCUUUAAGGCUGCAGCUUUCAAAAUCUGGUUUUAUAACCAAAACGGUUAUUGUAAAGGUCAAGAAUCUGACGGUUCAUCUUUGCCUCGUUGAGCAUUUGGGAGUGACAUCACCGACGGCGUCUCCGCUUUACAACCCGCCGUCCAAUUCCUCAGAAGGGAAGUACCGGUUUGCGGCCGUUGCCGCAGACAACGACGAGUGUUCGAAGAUUGGAAAUCACGUGAUGGAGGUACAGGGUGGAACAGCAAUGGAUGCGGCGGUAGCAGCCGUCUUGUGUUCCAGUGUCCAGAACAUGAUGAGCUGUGGAAUAGGCGGUGGCCACUUUCUAACCUAUUACAACAGAGCUUCCGGGAAGGUGGUGACGGUGAACGCCCGGGAGCAGGCGCCAUCGGGAGCCGACCGUGACAUGUUCACCGCCGAAAAGAACACAUCUUCCGUCACAGGUGGAUUGGCCAUCGGUAUUCCUGGAGAAAUAAAAGGUCUAUAUAAGGCGUGGAAGCUGGGUGGGCGGUUGCCAUGGAAACAACUUCUACAGCCAGCAAUUAAACUUUGUAAAGAGGGAUUUAAAGUUGGAAACGCACUGGAGGCUGCGAUUAGAAGUACCAGCAGAUUCUUUCCCGAUUUUCCGAAUUUACGCGAUCUCCUAACCAACCCAGCAACCAACGGCAUUUAUAAGAAGGGGGAGACGAUGAAGGCCCCUAAACUAGCCCAGACCCUAGAAACUAUAGCGGAAGAGGGAUCGGACGCCUUCUAUAAUGGGAGCCUCUCGGCUAAUAUCGCUGCAGAUAUACAGGACGCAGGUGGCAUCAUAACGGAAGAAGAUCUUGCUAAUUAUACCGUACGGAUAGAAGAGCCGCUCACCUUCCGGUUGGACUCUGGUCACGUGGUCUACUCUCCGCGCCCACCCUCGGGCGGGGCCGUCUACCUAUUCAUCCUUAAUAUCCUCAAUGAGUUCAGAUUUUCUAACGACAGCGUGUCAACUGUGCCGAAAGCAAAGAGAACGUGGCAUCGCAUGGUGGAAUCUUUUAAACAUGCCUACGCGCUGCGCACGCAACUUGGCGACAACCAAGUUGGAACACCCGCAUUUCGAGACUAUGUUGAUGAGCUGGUACGUAACAUGACGGACCCCACUUUCGGAGCGGCGCGACGUGAACGGAUCAGCAACUGUUCGACGUUCGAGGCGGACUAUUACCAACCUAUGUUUUUCAACAUCUGGGAUAACGGAACCUCACAUCUCUCUGUCCUAGGACCGAAUGGGGACGCUGUCUCAAUCACCAGUACCAUCAAUCUCUUUUUUGGUUCCAAAGUGGUCGGAACCCGUACAGGCAUUGUGUUUAACAACGAAAUGGACGAUUUCUCAACGCCCGGCACUAUCAACUCCUUCGGUGUUCCCGCCUCGGAAGCUAACUUCAUAGAACCUUGGAAGCGCCCCCUAUCUUCCAUGACCCCGAGUUUGGUGAUUGACCGCAACGGGGAUGUACAGCUCGUGGUUGGCGCUUCCGGUGGAACGAGGAUUAUUCCUGCUACAGCGUUGGUGACAGUCGCGACUCUUGAUUGGGGUUGGGGUAUCAAAGAGGCGAUAGACUACCCGAGGGUUCAUCACCAGCUUUUCCCUGAAACACUCCAGAUACAGACAGGAUUCCCAGGGGAGGUAAUAGACGGGCUACGGGCAAUGAGACAUAACAUUACAAUGUUGGACAGCGCUUUCAGUGUGGUCCAGGGGAUUCUGAGACGUGGGGACUACAUCACGGCCAACUCUGAUUAUCGGAAAGACGGGGCACCGGAUGGCUAUUAACAACAGUGAUCAUGUUUAAGCAGGCUUAUUGGAUAUACUAUUUUACAGCAGUGAUGAAAGACCACGUUAUAAACUAAGAACAACAAUUAACAACAUAUUUUCUUUAAUGACAGUAACAUCAUCAAGUUGUUUUUACAGCAAUUAUCCUUAAAUUAUUGACGCUCGUAAACACGAUUAUCGAUGGAAAUAAAUGCAAUAUUUAUUGACAG